CCAUGCACACGCCGGCGCCGGCCGAACUCUUCAUCUCGGGAGCUUUGCCGGGUUCGGGCACCUUCCCAUCCUCCUCGGCUCUCAGCGCCUACCAGCACCCGGCCUCCUUCAGCGGGCGCAGCUUCCCGGUCAGCUCGCCGCUCAGCUUGCCCGAGGCCGCCUUCAGCCCCGGCUCCAACGGCCUCCUCUCCCCGCACGACCCCCUCCUCCACAUCAAACCCACCCAACCCAGCGUUCCCUCCUCUCUGGGAUUCGAACGUCUCGGCGGCGCCGUUUUAGGUUCCGGUUUACCGGCGCAAGCCGCUCCGGCGGAACAACCGGCUCAACUCUACAACGCUUCGGUAUUCGGCGGCGGCGGCGGGGAUCGGGCCGUACCGCGACAAGACAGCGUCAUCAAGCACUACCAGCGACCGCCCAUGGAGGAGCUGCCGGCCCCCCAGGAGAUCCAAGACUUUUUGGAACCCCCCUUGGGGUUGGAACCUCAUUUGGGACAGGCCGGGGGGGUACAAGGACCCCCCGGGCACCUCCUGGACCCCGAAGGGGGGCCGUCGGUGGCCCCCGCGUCGCUGGAAGCCAAGGACCAGUUCGCCGAAGGGGGGAGCCCGGCGGGGGGGAAGGGUCGCUUCGUCCCCCUGACCUCCAUUUGCUUCCCCGACGCUUUGCUACAGGACGAAGACCGGGGUUUUUUCCCCGGGAUGGAGGACAUGUUCGGUCCCCCCCCCGAAGAUUUCCCCAAGACCGCCGAGGAAGAGGAGGAGGAAGGCAACGGGGGGUUAGAAACCCGUCCCGAAGGGCUGAAGGCUCCCCCUUACGACAUGGGGCAGAGUUACCCCGCUUUUUGCCCCGCCGACGGGGCGACCGGCGAAGCCCCCGCCUUGGGGUUGGAACCCCCCAAACACGAGUUACCCUCCACCGUCAACGCCGAACCCUUGGGCCUGAUCCAGAGCACGGGCGAGGGGACCAAACCCCCCCUCGCCGCUCCUCUUUUUUGUUCUUCCAAACCCAAAAAGCUGCUCAAAACCUCUUCCUUCCACCUCCUCCGCAAGCGCGAUCCCUUCCCGCCCCCCAAAAAAACCUACGCCCAAGAGUACGAAUUCGAGGACGACGAGGACAAGGCCGACGUCCCCGCCGACAUCCGUCUCAACAGCCGCCGCCUGCCCGAUCUCCUGCCCGACCUCAUCUCCAGUUGCCGAGCCCGGCCCAGCCUCAGCCCCAUGGGCGACAUCGAUUUUUGUCCCCAUCCCGGACCCCAUCCCGGACCCAAAAAACGAGGCCGCAAACCCACCAAACCCAAACGCGAGGGACCCCCGAGACCCCGGGGGCGACCCCGUAUCCGACCCUUGGCCGAUCCCCCCGGUCUCCUGGCUCCCGACGGACCCAAAAAACCCCGAGGAAGAGGACGGGGACGGGGGAAGAAGGGCGGCGAGGAGGGGGCCGACGGCAACGGCCUCGAGCCCCCCGCCGCCCCCUUCGCCGUCGGCCCCCUGAUAUUACCCGGGGGGCUGGAGGGGACGGAGAGCGAGGGUUUGGUCAUGGCGUGUCCCAGUCCUUGCAAACGCCUGGACGAGGAGCUGAAACGCAACCUGGAGACGCUGCCUUCCUUCUCCUCCGACGAGGAAGACUCCGUCAGCAAGAACCAGGACCUGCAGAAGAGCAUCUCCUCCGCCAUCUCCGCCCUCUACGACCCCGCCGACCGCAAGGACCCCGACCCCGCCGGGACGAGUUCGUCGUCCGUGUGGACAUCCAGGCUCUCCAGGUGGGCACUGGGAGGGGAGGCACUGGGAGUCAGGAAGAGGCCCUGGGAAGGGGACUGGGAGCACUGGGAGGGGGACUGGAGGGCACGGCAGCGGGGAGCACUGGGAGGGGGACUGGAGGGCAUCUUCCGUGAGAGGGACGAGUUCGUCGUCCGUGUGGACAUCCAGGCUCUCCAG